AUGGCUGAUAGAAGAGAGGAGAAGAGAGAGUUUGAUGGUGAGGAAGAUGAUGCUUGGCAAUAUCCUUUGUUGUUUAUUCAUGGUGAAAGUGACUGGUCCCGCGACUUGCGCCUACAAGGUGAUAGCUCAAAGAAAACUAACACUUUGACUAGGAAUAUGUUCUAUAGCUACCAACUACAUGAUCGUGCCAAUACAUAUUCUUUACUUCUAAGAGGUGGACGUCUUUUCCAACAGUACCUGGUAGAUGCCUAUGUCUGCAUCGAGCAAGACAGACUUAACUACCUUAGGUAUAAUCAAAAUGCUCUUAGAAGUGAAUACAUGCAAGGAAUGCACGAUGCCGUCACACGUGGAGACACAGAAGGAAAGGAUAUAGGCAAACGUAUAAUUUUGCCCUCAACGUUUACCGGUGGUCCACGAUACAUGUACAAACACUAUCAGGAUGCCUUGGCAAUAUGCAGAGUUCAUGGAAACCCGCAAUACUUUGUUACAUUCACUUGCAACGUUAAAUGGCCUGAGAUUAGUAGAUACAUGGCCAGAUUUCCCGUUCUGAAGGCGGAAGAUUGCCCUGAUGUCAUUGCAAGAGUGUUCCAUAUGAAAGUUAUUUCAUUUAUAAAUUCUCUUAAAGUUAGAAGACCAUUUGGGAAGAAUUCCAAAAAAAGAGGUUUGCCCCAUUGUCAUCUUCUCUUAUGGGUUGAUGAAGCCCACAAAAUAAAGGAUGCUUCACAAUUGGAUGAGUAUAUAUCAGCGGAAAUUCCAGAUCCCAUCAAUGAGCCACCAUUGUAUAAAAUUGUGACCGACUCCAUGAUGCAUGGACCUUGCGGCAUGGCCAGACCUAAUUCACCAUGCAUGGCGUUAGGAUCAUGCAAGAAAAAAUUCCCUAAGGAUUACGAGCCUUUUACACGAUUUGAUGAGAAUGGCUACGCACGCUAUAGGAGAUGUCAAAGUACUCACUUUGUCCAAAAACAUGGGAUUUCACUAGAUAACGGUUACGUCGUACCGUACAAUCGUUCUCUGUUGCUUCAUUUUCAUGCUCACAUGAAUGUCGAAUACUUCGGUUGGAGUAUGCUCAUAAAGUACCUUUUCAAAUACAUAUCUAAAGGAACAGACCGUAUAAAAUACACUGUUAAAAAAACGCCUGACAUAACAGCCAAUUCUACAGAUAAUACUACAACAGAAAUUGACGAAAUUAAAGACUUCGUUGAUGGUAGAUUCAUUUGUCCCCAUGAAUCAGCAUGGAGAAUCUUUAACUUCAUGAUUCAUGAACGAAACCCUCCCGUCCAGGUGCUUUCUGUCCACUUAGAGAAUAGGCAAAAUGUCACAUUCAAAGAUAAUGAGAAGCUUGAGAAUGUCUUACGCAAUCCAAAUGCCAAGCGCACCACUUUAACAGAAUGGCUAAAAAAUUAUUGCCUAGACAAUAGUGGACUCCAUCUCCGUUACAUUGACUACCUUUCGGAAUACAGAAUACAGAUGGGAACCUACGGGAAAAUGCUGGCUUAG